AUGAUAGCUUAUCUGAGCAAAAUACACGAUCUGCUCGCACAGUUCAAAAGUUAUGCUCUCAGGCAAAUUCUAAGGGAAGAAAACACAACUGCUGACGCAUUAGCUCGACUUGCGUGUUGUAAUGUCAGUGAUAGAGCGAAUCUGGUUCCUAUUCAGUUUCUUGAAGAACCUAACAUCACUGGCAUAGAAGAGAUCGAAAUGAUGGAUGCAUCCCCAAACUGGAUGACGCCAAUAGCAACCUACCUUAAUACUAGGGAACUCCCAGAUUAUAGAAAUGAAGUUCGAAAGAUGAGAAGGAAGGCUGCACGGUACAUCAUAGUAGAGGGAAUUAUGUACAAACGAGGAUUCUGA